AUGGGUUGUGGACCAUCUCAUCCUAACACGGUAAAUCGCAAAGCCAAUGUUAAAGUACCAUCCAAAGGCAGUGAAAAUGUCGUAUUUAAUAACAACAAUUGGGUGUGUAAAGACACAAGUAUAACCGUUAAAUCAGCAAUUCUUAUUCAAAAUUGGUUCCGUCGUUAUAAAGCUAGGCUAGAAGCAAGGAAAAGAUGCACCUGGUCUAUAUUUCAACAAAUUGAAUUUGCUGGAGAACAAGAUCAGCUAAAAAUAAAGACAGAAUAUGUAGUAAAAUUAAUUCGUCAUUUCGUUAUGAGCAGGGUGAAUUUCUCGCAAAUCCAGUUUAUUUGCUAUACGGUACCUACGCUUUACAAUUUCUUCAAUGGUAUGAUUGACCAGGUUAAGAUUAGUAAUGCUAACAUAACCAAGGGUAGAAGGUCCUCGUCCAUUGCAAAUGUUCUUGCUCCUAUUUCUAAUUCAUAUCUGGAAGAAGAAGCUCAAUUAGUGCAAGCUACUGAUCCAGAUUCAGUUAUCAUUAAUAAGGCAUAUCAAGGGCCGCAUAUUAAUAUGCCUAUAACCUUAGAUCAAGUCAAAGAAUUGAUUGAGGCAUUUUCUCAAGACAAGGAGAUCUCCACGGAAAAAUUGAUGACCUUUUACUCAUAUUCUAUAAGGUAUGGAUUCCUGAAAGAAGUCAUUAGUAAAUAUAAACGAAAUGCAUCUAAAGUAGUGAAAAUGUUUGAAGACGUUUUUAGCUGGCUACCCUUAGCCACAAUUAUUGACAAUAAAAUAUUUGUCACUCACGGUGGAAUUUCUGAUCAAACUGAUGUCCAUUACUUGAAUGUCAUUGAUAGACAUAAGUAUAUAUCUGUAUUGAGGCCCUCAUUGCUAGAUGAAGAAGAUGGUGAAGAAAAGAUUGAUCUUACUGAGUGGCGACAGGUCUUGGACGUUCUUUGGAGUGAUCCUAAAAAUGCUAAUGGUUGCAAACCGAAUGAAUAUCGCGGCGGUGGCAGUUAUUUCGGACCAGAUGUAACUCGUAAUUUCCUCAGUAAGCAUAAUUUUAACCUAAUUAUUCGCUCACAUGAAUGCAAGAUCGAGGGAUGGGAAUAUAUGCAUUAUGAUAAGGUAUUGACAGUAUUUUCGGCCUCCAAUUACUAUUCCCCGGGUAGUAAUAAAGGCGCAUAUUUAAAAUUAAAUGACAAGCAUGAGAUCGAAUGUCUACAAUUCAUGUCCGAUACCAAUUAUGGAAAUAAAAAUUUAUCCAUGCGUGAAAAAAUGGGAAUUAUUGAGGAAUCGGCAUUACGUGAAAUACAGAGCAAGUUCCAUUCUCAUAGGAUGGCUUUAGAGGCUGAAUUUAAAGCCAUAGAUACAGAGGAAACGGGUUGCAUUACCAUAGAUCAAUGGAUUCGCUGUUUAGUUAAUGUACUAGAAUUAGAAUUACCCUGGCGUCGAAUAAAACACCAAAUUGUUAAUAUAACUGCCGAUGGAAUGGUCCAGUAUCAUUCGUGUUUCGAUAAGUUUUCACUACAAUCAGCUCUUAAAUCGAAAGGACCAACAGUAACCGAAACUCUUUAUAAGCAUAAAAAUAGUUUAGAAACAAUCUUUAGAAUAAUCGAUAAAGAUAAUUCAGGAUUGAUUUCCAUGGAAGAAUUCCAAGAUUCUUGUUUACUAUUAGAUGAUCAUGUUAAAUCUUUCAUGUCAAAAGAAGAUAUUCAUAACUUGGCUAAAUCAAUCGAUUUCAAUAACGAUGGACAUAUUGAUUUCAACGAAUUUUUAGAAGCUUUUCGAUUGGUUAGCAAAGAGCAAGAAAAUGAUAAUUACAGCUUAAAUGGAGUCAGUGAUAAUCAAGUCUAA